AUGCCCAUCCAAGUAUUUCCGAUCGCAGAAAAGGACAUCCCAGGCGCGGUGAAAUGCAUCCAAGAUGCCUUCGCAGCAGAUCCAUACAACAAUUGGGUCUUCCAUCCUAUUGAAAAGUUCAACAAGAAGCGAAACACCGUCAGCCUCUCGAUCCGCUGCCGAUGGGGCAUGAAACACGCUCUCUUCCACGUAGCCAAAGACACCGAAGAUGCCUCGGAAAAAGUGUUAGGAGUAGCAUGCUGGCUUCCUCCUAAGAAAGCAAAAUCUCCUCAGACGUGGGAAAGCUAUUUCGGAGACUGGUGGUUGUGGUUCGAACAAGUCAAGAUGAAUCUUUGGCACGGUCGUGGCGGGCUAGACGUCAAACGCUACUGGAUCUGGAAAGCUGCACAGGCCAAAGCACAAGCUCAACUCUGGAAUGAUGAGAACGGGUACUACUUCUGUAAUAUCGUCACAGUGGUACCAGAAGCACAAGGGAAGGGGAUUGGCAAGCUGCUGUUCAAACAUGUUACGGAUCAGGCUGAUCGUGAGGGACGGAAGUGCUACUUGGAGAGCAGUAGAGCCGAGCCGAAUAUGGCGAUCUAUAAGAGUAUGGGAUUUGAGCUCGCCAAGGAGAUGGUUUGUGAUGAUGAUGGCGAUGCGAUUACGCUGUACUGCAUGAUGAGGGAGCCGAAGGGACCGUGA